AUGGGGCUCCAGCACUACGCCGGCUUGGCGAUUUGCCUCUUAGUCGUCACCGCAAGCGUCGCGACCACGACGGCGCAAUCCCCGAAGGACAGCCCGUGCACGUUGCCCAAGCCCGACCAGGCUGAAGCUCUCGGGACUCUGACAGAGAUCCUUUCCGCGCCGCUGAACGGAACCGUAGGCGCGUGGACGGGCCAAGUCGGCGCCAGCGGGCAAGUCUGCCUCGCCGUCUACGAGUCGAACGGAGACUACAACAUUUUCUACAGCGUUCUCGCCUCCAGCCCCACCGCGGGCGAGCCGACCUUCGCCGGCAUUGCGAAAGACGUGGGGCAGGAGAGAAUCGUCGCCGUCUUCUUUUCCCCCCCAGGGACCGAUGGCCCGUGGGUGGAUCUGACUACUACUUCGUCGCUUCCCCAGAGCAGGAAGAGCCUGGGCGACGCAUCCGCUUCCCCAACAACGUACACCUAUGCCCUUAACGGAACGUGGCUUCAAGCGAGUACCCUGACCACGUUCCAAGGGGACACUUACAAGCAGCUGGUGGAUUCGAUUGUAGCGGGGCCAGAGGGGUACUGCACGGGGUUCGGGACGACUGCUGUCAUGGGGGGAGCAGCCAUGGGGCAGUUCCAGAUUCAGCCCGUUGCCGUGAAAGCCUAA